GCAAACUGCUGACGGACAUUGAUGGCUUGUACUUGAUCAAUGAUGGCUACCAGACAAUUGCAGCUUUAAAGGAAAUUGAGCAGGCCGUCACCUCUGGCAUGUUGGAGGAGUUGGUGCAGAACAUUUCAACAGUUUUGGAAAAGGGUGUGGAAAUGGAUGUGAAGAGCUACCCCCCAGUCUAUUCUAGGGAUGUGCAUGUGGCCUGGAUGACACUGCUUCAUGACUCUGACCAAAACAAAUAUCGGCCAACCUCCAUCUACCAGAAGAUUUCAGUGAUAGAGCGCUAUGUGAAGAAGGCACCAGGUGGUGACCUCAAGCACGUUUGCACUGAGCUGCUGGCAAUUUAUGGCACCUCGAAGCGGGCAUUUGCCAGGGUGCAGAUGAUGUUGGAGACCCGCAGUGGCCUCUCCCAGAUCAUCAGUUGCAUGGGUGGCAAUGUGCCUUUACAUGGCAUCUCAGAUGAGAACGAAGGUAUCCGAGAAUGCAGGUGCUUGUUUUUGGAGUUCCAAAAACAUAAGCAUGGAAACAAGAAGGAAACGCCUUCAGCCACCUCAGCUGAAGUACCAGAUGGAACCAUGGCAGUAGCAGCAGGUGAGGAGUGGUGGGAACAGUUGAACAUGUUUUUGAGACAGAUUGUGGUGGGAACAGUUGAACAUGUUUUUGAGACAGAUUGA